AUGGAUAGAAAUGUAUAUGAAGCAUGCAGUAAUAUAAUAAAGGAAUUUGGAACGCAUACAGUGAGUGCAGAUGAAGUACUCGCAGAAAAAAUAGAUAACGUGGUCCCUAUACCAUUCAAAACAAGAGAAGAUUUGAAUACUGAUGCAGAGAAAGAUAGAAACGAAGGUGUCUUUGAGGGCAAUAUCGUUCCCGAUAUCGACUUACGCGUGGUACACUACUACGCCACACAGUUGUGUCUAAGUAAGUACCCACAUUUAAUCAACGCCUUUGAUGAAACAAGUCUUGUCACAUUGGGCUUGCUUAUUGAGAAGUGGGUAAAAGAUUAUCUUAUUUGCACCAAUACAGAAGACACUAGUCAAAAUAAAACCAUCGGAAAGGGACCAUGCGAAUUUAUAUCAAAGCACAUCGAUUAUAGACACGCCCCAGGUAACAUUUGA